GCUUUUGGCGCAGAGUUCAGCGAUUCCGCAACUCGGAGGACGCGGCUGUGUGAGUGAGAGAAUGGCGUCGUCAUCGUCGAGAGGAGAGAUGGAGAAGAUGGGAAUCGAUCAGCUAAAAGCGUUGAAGGAGCAAGUGGAUCUGGAAGUAAAUCUCCUCCAGGAUAGUCUUAACAACAUCCGCACAGCCACCGUCCGCCUCGAUUCCGCCGCCGCAGCUCUCAACGAUCUCUCUCUUCGACCUCAAGGUAAGAAGAUGCUUGUACCACUCACUGCCUCUCUCUACGUGCCUGGAACACUUGAUGAAGCUGAUAAGGUUCUAGUUGAUAUUGGCACUGGUUACUUCAUCGAGAAAACAAUGGAAGACGGAAAAGAUUACUGUCAGAGGAAGACCAACUUGUUGAAAUCGAACUUUGACCAACUUUUUGAGGUGUUGGCAAAAAAGAAAAGCUUGGCAGAUGAAGCCGGGAUGGUUAUGCAGGCCAAAUUUAAACAGUUACAAGCUGCACCAACGUCAUGAAAAUCUUAUUCUCUAGUGCAUUUACUAUUGACACCUGUUUUGAGAUUGCAAUUUGUUUUAGUUAAUCGGUUUUGUUAUGACUCUUUUGUUCUCAAUCGGGCAGUGUACUAUGUACUGGAUGAACUUGUGCUGUAAUACUUGAAAAAAAUACAAAUGAUAAAACUA